CGCGAUCUUUACAUCGAUGUCGAAACAAACCUUCAUAUUCUAAUGGGACCGUACAUACCAAGGAUGUUUCACCCGUUCACCCUCGCCGCUUAUCAUCGCGGUUUACAGCGAUGUCGAUCGCAGAACAAAAUAAUUUGAUUUUAUAUGGCGAUCGAGCUAUUGCCGCGAGGUACAUUGCACGCUUAUUGGCGCUCUUCAAAUCACGUGACAUUCACCAGGGUAACGUAUUUAUUUUUCAGUUCGUUUGUCAGCCGUUUGGUUCAUUUCGGUUAUUUCGAUUUGUCUUCAGUUACGUUAUUUGUCUUCAGUUACAAUGAAUAAGGAUGAACUAAUAGAUUUGGUCUUUAGUAUUCCUGCUAUAUGGGAUAAGCGACAUAAACAACAUCACAACAGGCAUGUUCUGGCAAGGGAGUGGAAGAAAAUAGCAGCAACAUUUAAAGUGACAGAAGCAGAAGCACGAAAAUAUUGGAAAAAUAUAAGACAAGAAUAUGGGAAACAAAUAAAGAAAAUUCAGGGUCGGUCAGGAGAUGGGGCGGAAAAUGAAAUUGUUUGCCAGUGGCCUUAUUUUGAAAAAUUACAUUUUCUGCGCGAUCAGUUCACGCCUCGUCACUCAUCUACAAAUUUAAUGCACGAAACACAGGAUUCAGAGUAUUCAAAUGUGGAGGAAUCUAAUAGUGACGCUGAACAGACAAAUGUGAUGAGUCCUAGUUCAGAAUCACAUCAAGAUGUGGUUGCACCUGUAAAUCAGGCUUCUUCAGGUUCAAAAUACUCUAUAUCUCGAACAGGUUAUAAACGGCGACUAACGCCACAAAUAGAAAUUGGGAGACAGCUAGUUGAUAUUGAAAAAGAAAAACUAGCCUUACGGACGAAUAAAAUAUCCCGGGACCCCAAUGAUGAAGAUAUAGGCUUUUUCAAUUCCCUUCUCCCUUACGUGAAAAAAUUGGCUCCUCGAGAUAAAUUAAAAUUCCGGAUGGAUAUGCAGAACCAUUUAUUUGGAAUACUCUAUCCUUCGAAUCAGGCCCAUACUACAACUCAGAUAGAACACGCCCCACAUACCCAAUCUGGUCUUUCUCGGUGUGAACCACACUGGAAUACGCAGUCUUUCCUGCCGUAUGAAUUACCCUCCUCCAUACCCACGGAUCAGACCUGA